AUGUCUCGUAAUAUUGUCAACCGAUUACUGAAGCCCUCAGUCUCCAGAAAAUUCCUCAGACACACAAACGUUCGUCUACUCACAUCUGAAUCUGAUCGACCCUACCCGUUUCUGAUUGUCGACCACAUCCUCAACAACCCAAACUCUCCGGACGGUGGCCUAGAAAAAGAGUAUUCAAAUUGCCGCAAGGAAAACAAAAUCUUCAUUAACGACAAGCAAGUCAUGAGGAACGUUUGUAACGCGAUGACUGCCGGAUUUUCACGUGAUGGUUUGAAGUUCGAAGAUACGUACAGGGGUCUAGCUAUCCAUUACAAAGACGUGUCGGCUUACCUACCUCCUCUACCCGCAGGUUCACAAGUCCAAAGCCUGGCCAUGUCCUCUUUACCUACACGAGAGAAAGAUUGGGUAGUGUGUUUCAAGUUAUCGGGGUCUCGGUUGAGUCUAUGUAGGCCUUUCGGGAGCUGUAAGUGGAUAGACAUCAAAACUGCGCCUGGGUCUAUAAACCCUUCCUCGAGCCUCAUGUUCUCCAAGAAAGAUAAAAAGUUCUAUAUUCCUAGCCCAGGAGGCAACUACUUGUGCGAGUUGGGUAGAAGGCAUGACAAACUCGAGUUCGUGGACUUGAAGUUUGACAAAAUUCCAGCCUCGGUGUAUGAUGAGGUUGCCGGGUUGAGUUCAUGUUCAAGGACAGACCACCUUGUGGAGUCACCCACCGGCCAACUUUUCCUAGUCAAGUGGUAUAACAAGGACGAUGAAAACGAGGGGUCAACAUUGAAGCAUGUAACAAAAAAAAUCAUGGUGUUUAGGGAGACGGAGCAAUCUAAUUGCUUUGAUAAGACUAUGAUCUACACAGAAGACAUUGGAGAUCUCUGCAUCUUUCUUGGACAUAGCCAGGCUUUCUGCGUCCCUGCCAGCUCGUCUCCUGGACUCAAGCCUAACUGCGUCUAUUUUGUGGGUCGUAACUUUGGUGUGUAUGAUCUCACCACCAAAACUUGCACUACCUUCCACAAAAACUAUUACUGUCCAAGACACACAAACGUUCGUCUAUUCACAUCUGAAUCUGAUCGACCCUACCCGUUUCUGAUUGUCGACCAUAUCCUCAAGAACCCAAACUCUCCGGAAGGUGGCCUCAACAAAGCAUAUUCAAAUUGCCGCAAGGAAAAUAAAAUCUUCAUUACCGACAAGAAAGUCAUGAGGAACGUCUGUAACGCGAUGACUGUCGGAUUUUCACGUGAUGGAUUAGAAGUUAAACUUACGGACAAGGGUCCCACUAUCCAUUACAAAGACGUGUCGGCUUACCUACCUCCUCUACCCGCAGGUUCACAAGUAUGGUGA